AUGCCCUUACAUAACAGCACUGGAAAACGUAGUACUCCAUCCAUCGAGUGGGAGGGCACCCUAUGCGAAUAUGUAUGCACUUACAUAACAGCACUGGAAAACGUUUGUACUUCAUCCAUCGAGUGGGAGGGCACCCUAUGCGAAUAUGUAUGCACUUACAUAAAAGAACUGGAAAACGUUAGUACUUCAUCCAUCGAGUGGGAGGGCACCCUAUGCGAAUAUGUAUGCCCUUACAUAACAGCACUGGAAAACGUUAGUACUCCAUCUAUCGAGUGGGAGGGCACCCUAUGCGUAUAUGUAUGUACUUACAUAACAGCACUGGAAAACGUUAGUACUUUAUCCAUCGAGUGGGAGGGCACCCUAUGCGAAUAUGUAUGCACUUACAUAACAGCACUGGAAAACGUUAGUACUUCAUCCAUCGAGUGGGAAGGCACCCUAUGCGUAUAUGUAUGUACUUACAUAACAGCACUGGAAAACGUUAGUACUUUAUCCAUCGAGUGGGAGGGCACCCUAUGCGAAUAUGUAUGCACUUACAUAACAGCACUGGAAAACGUUAGUACUUCAUCCAUCGAGUGGGAAGGCACCCUAUGCGAAUAUGUAUGCACUUACAUAACAGCACUGGAAAACGUUAGUACUUCAUCCAUCGAGUGGGAGGGCACCCUAUGCGAAUAUGUAUGCACUUACAUAACAGCACUGGAAAACGUUAGUACUUCAUCCAUCGAGUGGGAGGGCACCCUAUGCGAAUAUGUAUGCCCUUACAUAACAGCACUGGAAAACGUUAGUACUCCAUCCAUCGAGUGGGAGGGCACCCUAUGCGAGUAUGUAUGCCCUUACAUAACAGCACUGGAAAACGUUUGUACUCCAUUCAUCGAGUGGGAGGGCACCCUAUGCGUAUAUGUAUGCCCUUACAUAACAGCACUGGAAAACGUUAGUACUCCAUCCGUCUAG